UAUUUACUUGGUUCUCCAAAUUAUUUCGUGACCUCAACCAUUUCUUGGCAGUGAUCCAAACCGACUGUUUUUUUUUUUUUUUUUUUUUUUUUAACUACGCGUCUCCUGCACUGGUUGCAUCAAAACACUGAAGCAAACGCAGUUGAGCCUGACUACUUUAUUUCUAUUCCAAAAACGGUGUAGGACGAAGAUGCAUUAGUAAUGAAGCAAGGAACACCUUAGCUCAGUUUUUCCUCAGCAAGAGAUCCAUACAUCAGGCUAUCCUUAAUUUUUUAAAAAUGGAUUAACCGGGAUGUUGCAGGUGUGCAGCAGCCAUACUGCCUCAGCCUCAGCACCUGUGCCCAGUGUUCCUUUCACCAGAUUGCUCCUUUGAUGAAGGUCAUAGCAUGUAUGGUAGCAGCACGGGAUCAGACACUACACAGCACAACAGUACAGCACAGCACAGCACAGCACAGCAUAUAUGAGCUAAUGUACUCUUUUCUUUUGUUCAAGAGGGGAAAAAUGGGGAAGAAAGGUGACCAAUCUGUUGAGGCGUAAUCUACGCAAUGUUGAUGUGUUGAUGGUUUGAAUACAGGAGGAAGUGGAGGCCACCUGCUGCACCUCAACUGGAUGCCCUGGAUGGUACCUAAUUAAAGCAGAAGUCGCUGCAGGAUGAAAACAUGGCUGCACCCCUUCUUGCACCGCCAGGACCUGAUAGCUUCAAAUUUUUUACCCGAGAAUCCCUGGCUAACCUUGAGAAGCGCAUUGCUGAGGAAAAAGCCAAGCCGCCACCCAAGCCUGACAGCAGUUACCGUGACGAUGACGACGAAAAUAAGCCCAAGCCUAGCAGUGACCUGGAGGCCGGCAAAAACCUGCCCUUCAUCUAUGGAGACAUCCCUUCUUCAAUGGUGGCGACACCAUUGGAGGACUUGGACCAUUUCUACAUAAACAAGAAAACGUUUAUAGUGAUAAAUAAAGGGAAAACAAUCUACCGCUUUAGUGCCACAUCUUCCCUGUACAUGAUCAGCCCUUUUAAUGUUUUUAGGCAAAUAGCUAUUAAAAUUUUGAUACAUUCAUUGUUCAGCAUGAUCAUUAUGUGUACUAUUUUGACCAACUGUGUAUUCAUGACUUUUAGUAACCCUCCAGAAUGGUCCAAACAAGUAGAGUACACAUUCACGGGAAUUUAUACGUUCGAAUCUCUUGUAAAAAUCAUUGCCCGAGGGUUCUGUAUAGACGACUUCACAUUCCUCCGAGACCCAUGGAACUGGCUGGAUUUCAUGGUCAUUUCUAUGGCAUAUGUAACAGAGUUUGUGGACCUGGGAAAUGUGUCUGCGCUGAGAACCUUCAGAGUUCUCCGAGCAUUGAAAACUGUUGCUGUCAUUCCAGGUCUGAAGACCAUUGUGGGUGCUCUGAUCCAAUCGGUGAAGAAGCUGUCGGACGUGAUGAUCCUGACGGUGUUCUGCCUGAGUGUCUUUGCCCUGAUCGGCCUGCAGCUCUUCAUGGGCAACCUGCGGCAGAAGUGCGUCAUCUGGCCUCUCAACGGCACCACCACCUACCUGUCCAAUGGCAGCGUGGGCUUCAACUGGGACGAAUACAUCAUGAACGACACCAAUUUCUACUUCGUGCCAGGGCAACUAGAUGCCCUUAUCUGCGGCAACAGCUCAGACUCUGGUCGCUGUCCUGAGGGCUACACAUGCAUGAAAGCUGGGCGCAAUCCAAACUACGGCUACACCAGCUUCGACAGCUUCGGCUGGGCCUUCCUGGCCCUCUUCCGCCUCAUGACGCAGGACUUCUGGGAGAACUUGUAUCAGUUGACACUGAGGGCUGCAGGGAAGACGUACAUGAUCUUCUUUGUGCUGGUGAUCUUCGUGGGCUCCUUCUACCUGGUGAACUUGAUCCUGGCUGUGGUGGCCAUGGCCUACGAGGAGCAGAACCAGGCCACCAUGGAGGAGGCGGCCAAGAAGGAGGAGGAGUUCACGGCCAUGUUGGAACAGCUCAGGAAAAACCAGGAGGAAGCACAGGCGAAUGCCAUGGCGACGUCGGCGGGCACGGUGUCGGAAGACGCGGUGGAGGACGAGGGCGAGGGCAACCUGUCGUGCAGCUCCUCCGAGAUGUCCAAGCUGAGCUCCAAGAGUGCCAAGGAGCGCCGCAACCGCAAGAAAAAGUCGCGUCAGAAAGAGCUGGGCGAGGAGAAAGGCGACUACGAGAAGUUUGUCAAGUCCGAGUCGGACGACGGCAUCAAGAAGAGUCGCUUCCGCUUUCCUGACAACCGGCUGGGCCGCCGGACCUCCAUCAUGAACCAGUCUCUGCUCAGCAUCCCCGGCUCCCCGUUCCUGUCGCGCCACAACAGCAAGAGCAGCAUCUUCAGCUUCAAGCGCGGCAAGGACGGCGGCUCGGAGAACGAGUUCGCCGACGACGAGCACAGCACGGUGGAGGAGUGCGAGGAGCGCCGCAACUCGCUCUUCAGCCCGUACCGCCGCAGCAGCUACAGCGGCUACAACUACGGCAAGCGCAACAGCACGGUGGACUGCAACGGCGUGGUCUCCCUGAUCGGCCCCGGGCCCGGCGGACGCCUUCUGCCUGAGGUGAUAAUAGAUAAGGCAGCUACUGACGACAGUCAGCAAACUACUGAGGUGGAGAUUAAGAAGAAACUCUCUGGCUCUCUCAUGGUUUCUGUGGACCAACUCAACACCUCAUUUGGGCGCAAAGAACGAGCAAACAGUGUCAUGAGCGUGGCGACCAACACACUAGUGGAGGAACUGGAGGAGUCCCAGCGGAAGUGUCCUCCAUGCUGGUACAAGUUCUCCAACACCUUCCUGAUCUGGGAAUGCUGUCCGAUAUGGAUCGAAAUCAAGAGGAUCACGCUAAUGAUUGUGAUGGAUCCAUUCGUGGACCUGGCCAUCACUAUCUGCAUCGUGCUCAACACCCUCUUCAUGGCCAUGGAGCACUACCCCAUGACGCCACAUUUUGAACAUGUGCUGAGUGUGGGCAAUCUGGUGUUUACAGGGAUUUUCACUGCCGAAAUGUUUGCCAAACUGGUUGCUAUGGACCCAUACUACUACUUCCAAGAGGGCUGGAACAUCUUUGACGGCUUCAUUGUGAGCUUGAGCUUAAUGGAGCUGGGUCUGGCCAACGUUGAAGGGCUGUCUGUCUUGCGAUCAUUCCGUUUGCUGAGAGUGUUCAAACUGGCCAAGUCGUGGCCCACUCUCAACAUGCUGAUCAAGAUUAUCGGGAACUCUGUGGGUGCCCUGGGGAACCUGACCCUGGUGCUGGCCAUCAUCGUCUUCAUCUUCGCCGUGGUGGGCAUGCAGCUGUUCGGCAAGAACUACAAGGACUGCGUGUGCAAGAUCGCCCAGGACUGCGAGCUGCCCCGCUGGCACAUGAACGACUUCUUCCACUCCUUCCUCAUCGUGUUCCGUGUGCUCUGCGGCGAGUGGAUCGAGACCAUGUGGGACUGCAUGGAGGUGGCCGGCCAGUCCAUGUGCCUCAUCGUCUUCAUGAUGGUCAUGGUCAUCGGCAAUCUGGUGGUGUUGAACCUCUUCCUUGCCUUGCUGCUGAGCUCGUUCAGUGCGGACAACCUGGCGGCGACCGAUGACGACGGCGAGAUGAACAACCUCCAGCUGGCCGUCAUCCGCAUGAAGCUGGGCAUCGCCUGGGCCAAGGCCAAGGCGCGGCAUGUGGUGGCUGUCGCCCUAAAACGCAAGGUGACUGACGAGGACGACAUGUACGACAAGAAGCUCAACUGCAUCGCCAACCACACAGGCGUGGACAUCAACCGCGAUCUGGACUACCAAAACGGCACCACCAGCGGCAUCGGCAGCAGCGUGGGCAAGUACAUGAUCGACGAGGACCACAUGUCCUUCAUCAACAACCCCAACCUGACCGUGUGCGUGCCCAUUGCUGUGGGAGAGUCGGACUUCGAGAACCUCAACACCGAGGACUUCAGCAGCGAGUCAGAGGCCGAGGGCAGCAAAGAUCUAGAGGACACCAGCUCGUCAGAGGGCAGCACCAUCGACAUUAAGCCAGAUGUAGAGGACGUGGUGGUGGCGGAGGUCGUGGAGGAGUACGUGGAGCCGGAUGCCUGCUGGACAGAAGGUUGCAUCGCCCGUUACAAGUGCUGUGAUGUGCCCAUCACUGAAGGCUGGGGCAAGUACUGGUGGUUCCUGAGGAAGACCUGCUAUCUCAUUGUGGAGCACAACUGGUUUGAGACCCUCAUCAUCUUCAUGAUCUUGCUUAGCAGUGGAGCACUGGCCUUCGAGGAUGUGUACAUUGAGCAGAGGAAGACCAUCCGUGUCGUCCUAGAGUACGCCGACAGAGUGUUCACCUACAUCUUCAUCCUGGAGAUGCUGCUCAAGUGGGUGGCCUAUGGGUUUGUCAAGUAUUUCACCAACGCUUGGUGCUGGCUGGACUUCUUCAUCGUAGAUGUGUCUAUAGUCAGCCUUAUAGCUAAUGCCCUGGGGUACUCCGAUCUAGGGCCCAUUAAAUCACUCAGGACACUAAGGGCCCUCAGGCCCCUCAGAGCCUUGUCACGUUUUGAAGGGAUGAGGGUGGUAGUCAACGCCUUGGUGGGUGCCAUUCCCUCCAUCAUGAAUGUGUUGCUGGUGUGCCUCAUCUUUUGGCUGAUUUUCAGUAUCAUGGGCGUCAACCUGUUUGCGGGCAAGUACUACUACUGUUUCAACCAGACGUCCGAGCAGCUCUUUGAGCUGGACGUGGUCAACAACAAAACAGAGUGCUUUGCCUUCAUCAACGCCAACUACUCGGAGGUGCGCUGGAAGAACGUGAAGAUCAACUUUGACAACGUGGGCGCCGGCUACUUGGCCCUGCUCCAAGUGGCUACAUUCAAGGGCUGGAUGGAUAUCAUGUAUGCUGCUGUGGAUUCAAGAAGGGUGGAAGAUCAGCCACUAUAUGAGGACAACAUCUACAUGUACAUCUACUUUGUUAUCUUCAUCAUCUUCGGUUCCUUCUUCACCCUCAACCUCUUCAUUGGUGUCAUCAUCGACAACUUCAAUCAACAGAAGAAAAAGUUUGGGGGUCAGGAUAUCUUCAUGACAGAAGAGCAGAAAAAAUACUACAACGCCAUGAAAAAGUUGGGCUCAAAGAAACCCCAGAAGCCUAUUCCUAGACCACAGAAUAAGAUUCAAGGGAUGGUGUUUGAUUUUGUAACUCAGCAAGUGUUUGACAUUUCCAUCAUGAUCCUGAUCUGCCUCAACAUGGUCACCAUGAUGGUGGAGACAGACGACCAGUCCGAUGAGACCGAGAACAUCCUCUACUGGGUCAACUUCAUCUUCAUUGUGCUCUUCACAUCAGAGUUUGUCCUCAAGCUCACAGCCCUGCGACAUUACUAUUUCACCAAUGGCUGGAACAUCUUUGACUGUGUUGUGGUCAUUCUUUCCAUCGUAGGCAUGUUCUUGGCUGACCUGAUCGAGAAGUACUUUGUGUCUCCAACGUUGUUCAGGGUAAUCCGUCUGGCUCGAAUUGGUCGCAUCUUGCGACUGAUUAAAGGGGCCAAGGGCAUCCGAACUUUACUGUUUGCCCUGAUGAUGUCACUGCCAGCCCUGUUCAACAUUGGCCUGUUGCUGUUUCUGGUCAUGUUUAUCUUCUCCAUCUUUGGCAUGUCCAACUUUGCCUAUGUCAAGCGAGAGGUGGGAAUAGAUGACAUGUACAAUUUUGAGACCUUUGGCAACUCCAUGAUUUGCCUGUUCAUGAUCACAACCUCGGCUGGGUGGGAUGGUCUCCUGGCGCCCAUCUUGAACUAUCCGCCCGACUGUGACCCCCUCAAGGAGAAUCCGGGCACCACAGUGAAGGGCGAUUGCGGGAACCCUUCGGUGGGCAUCUUCUUCUUUGUGAUGUACAUCAUUGUGUCCUUCCUCAUCGUGGUGAACAUGUACAUCGCCAUCAUCCUGGAGAACUUCAGCGUGGCCACGGAGGAGAGUGCCGAUCCGCUCUGCGAGGACGACUUUGAGUCCUUCUACGAGAUCUGGGAGAAGUUCGACCCCACUGCCUCUCAGUUCAUCACCUUUGCCAAGCUGGGCGACUUUGCCGACACGCUCGAGCACCCGCUGCGCGUGCCCAAGCCCAACACGAUUGAGCUGAUCGCCAUGGACCUGCCGAUGGUGAGCGGCGACCGCAUCCACUGCCUGGACAUCCUCUUCGCUUUCACUAAGCGCGUGCUGGGCGACAGCGGCGACCUGGACAUGAUGCGGCAGCAGAUGGAGGAGCGCUUCAUCGCUGCCAACCCCUCCAAGAUCUCGUUCGAGCCCAUCACCACGACGCUGCGCCGCAAGCAGGAGCUCAUGUCCGCCUCCAUCAUCCAGCGCGCCUACCGCGCCCACCUCUUGCGCCGCGGAUUUGUCUGCAAGCGCAUCCUCGGGAUUAACAAGCUGGAGAACGGUGGGACCAAUCAAGAGAAAAAAGAGGGCACGCCCUCCACUGCCUCCCUGCCCUCGUAUGACAGCGUGACCAAACCGGAGAAGGAAAAGCUGGACGAGAGCGAGAGCUUUGGCAAGAAGGAGAAGGGCAAAAACCAAAAAGACGUCAGGGAAUCCAAGUGUUAAGGACUGCGCUCGAUCCGGCGCUGAGAUCUACAGCGUGUGACACAAUGAGAUGAGACUCUGUAUUCGAAAUCCAACAAAUGUACAAACAUCAACAACAACAACAACAACAUCAACAAAAAGAAGAAAAAAACUAUUUACAAGGAAAAUAAAAAAUCUUUAAAAAAUAAUGGUUUGUUUACAGACUUGUUGCAGAUGUUUCGAUGCAGAAGAAGCAGCUUGGUUUUAAUACCACUCUGAAGACGACCAAACACGAUGAGCUUUCUGUGUAUCAUCUGUGAUUAAUGACCAAGAUUUUAAAUAACUUUUCACUCAAUGUAAAACUCGAUCAAACAUGGCCAACUCAACUAAAGGUGAUGUGUAGGCCUAUGGCAGACCUUCGGGGAUUUGUUGGGGACCACCCGCCAUCUGGACAUUGAACUGUAUGAAAAAGAUGGCGACAUUUUGAAGAAGGCUUCUUUUCCAUGGCCAAGUGUGGAUUUCAGCAUUGCUCAACUGUGGCUGACACAAAGACUCAACAACAAUGCUGGAUUGUAGGAAACCACCAGCUCCAUUGCUGGGGUUUCUGUGACAUGUCUUUUAACUGUAGAUGAAAAAUGAUUAAUCAACAAUGCGGAGAACAGAAAAAAAAAACCCAGAAUAUUAUGUGGGUUUUUUUUUUUUAUUUGUUUGUGCUGAAUAUACUUGCAUCUUUACAUUAUUUGAGCAGCAAAAAAGAAAAAAUGAUACAUUUAGCCCAUGUCACUAGUCUUCAUCCUCUUUGUUAUACCUGCGUUAAAAUGAUUUUCUACAUGGGCUUUCACAUUGAUCGGGUAGGGGGCUUUAUCAGGGUUUUGGGCUGAAGGGGGCUCUGACUGAGUUCCGAAGUAAAUACCUAACUAAUUGUGCUCGUUCAAAUGCAUAGAAAUGACUUGCAUGAUGGCAUGUUUUGAUCAGGAAUCAUGCAUGAGAAAUCAUAGUCCACACGACACUUACCAAGGCCACAACAGUGGCUCGACCAUUAGCUUUGAAGAUUUCCAACUGGUCCAAAUUUUUUAAAAAUGAGAUCGUACAACUAAAUUCUAACUGUGUACUCUUGUACACAGUAUUUGGGAACUUCAAACAGUAUGAUUGUACCUACCCUUCACACGCUUUCCUUUCUGACACAAUGCUUCCGCCAUUCAUCAUUGCAACGUUUUUCGGUGUCAGACCAGGCUGUAAUCAUUCAAAAAUCUGAUGUUCUAUUUGUUUGUGUGUACUAACAUUGUGGCACAUUGUGACAAAACACAAAACAUUCGUACUUUUGCUGCUCUUGCCGUGUAUGUGUGGGUGGGAGAAAAGCAGGGGUGGGAAUAGUUGCUGGAGAUAUUCGCCCGUGAGUAUACACUGAUUUGGAGAAACAUUUUGAAAUCAAAUGGAACCAAAUCCCAGGCUUACAGAGACCUUGAUUUGCCUUUUUCGUUUCUGCACCAGCAGCAUAUCGUUACAUGAG